AUGGCUGAUAAACCUCUCGAAGAUGGGAACUCGGGCCGUCCUGGUAUAGCGAGCUACGAUGUGGACAAUAGGGAAUGGGUUUUUCCCAGAUACUUUGCGGCCCUGCAGUUGAAGCAAAUUCGCCCCGUUACCGACAAACAUACUGCCACCUCACUUGCGACAACACCAGCUCGAUUCCCACUUCCAACAACCCAUGCGAAACGUUCAAAGACCAAACAGCGCACAGGCGUACGGAAACGCAUCAAAGGCCUAGUUAAAACAGACCCUGUUCUUUGUGCAUCCCUCGGCCUUCUUCCCGACUUGGACCUGUCAUCCGCUGCUGUCUCCUCAGCCCGCGACCCUCUCGUUGGCAACUUAUUAUCCUUUGGCUCCAUCACGCUUGGGAACAGGUACGAGACACCCCGAAGAGUCGCCGCGCUGGCUACAGGAGAAGCGGGCAACAUUCUACAGCUGGCCAUUGUCAAUAAAGAGAUAUACGACUGGGGCCAGGCAAAGAAGACAUGGGUCGACGGUCCAACGCUGAAAGAGGCACCCCUCGGAUAUUGGAACGAGGAUGCUGCGCCUAUACAACAGAUAUGCUUUGCCCAGUCGGAAGACAGGAGCUGUUUACUUGCUGUGCGGCUCCCUACACGCACAGUCCUGUUGCGCCCUUUGUACCACCGCCAGGUGCGCACGACUCCCUCCUCAUCCUUCUACGAUCUCCCUAAAUCUGUGAUUGAACCACACCCGGUACUCACUAUACACCACAAGGAAACUGGCGGAUCUCCUCACGUCGACUUCGCUUUCAACCCGGACAAUCAGCUACAAUUUGCUCUCGCUCAUCAGGACCACACAUGGAGCGUAUGGAAUAUGCAUCAUCCGCGCAAGGGUGACAAAUACUCUCCUUCUCGUUUGGCCCGAGGGCGAAUCAACAAGCUCAAAGAUAAUGAUGUCGCUCGUCAAGAUGAGUGGGCAAGGAUACUCUGGGUGGCCAAUCCACAUACCCUGCUGGUUUGUAACCGGCGUCAUCUGGGGAUCAUUAGUAUCAAAACUAGGCCACAUUUCUACCGCCCUUACUCGGGUAUCUUCAGUGAGAAGCAAUCCGAAGACUGGAUUCUUGACGUCAAGAGGCAUCCCAAAGAUACAUGUCAAUUCUUCGUUUUGACCUCAUCUCUGCUCAUUCUGAUGGCGGUCACGACUUCAAGCGGCGCUGAUACGGGUGCUGAUGAAGCAGUGGUGACAACGCUGCAAUCUUGGAAGCAUUGCAGGGACGCAAAAGACUUCACUCUUCAAAUUCAAGUCCAACUGGUAUCAGACACAGAGUCAUUUGUAAUUGUUUACUCUACGCUGAACACACGCAUCCAAGUAUACAGCUACAGCAAGAGUUCAUCGAGCUCUCCGGCCCUUGUUGCGUGCUCUGAUCCCAGCCUACUCAGCCUAGGCCUUGAUGAAUCUAUAAGAAUCAACACAAUCCACACAGAGACUAUGCAGCAGGAAGGCGUGCAAAACGACGUCAAUUUCUUCCGCUUGUUUGUAACGCUGUCUGAUGGGGAUAUGCAAGAGUUGGUCGUGUGUUCCUCUUCCUUGGAGGCCACUGGGAGCUACCAAGUAAUCAUGGACUUUAAGAAAAGCACCAUAAAGCAUCCCAGAGCUGGCAAUUCGAAGAAGGAUAUAGUCCAUGUGGAGGAUGAUUUCAUUGUCCCCAAUCGAUUGGCUUUCGCAGGUGCUCCCCGCGCUAAAAUCACCUCGCAACUGCCAAGAUUACUCCCCCCUUUGGAAAUUGUCGUUCGGCGACACUUCCGGCGUCACGAAACAAGGAGAAGAAUUGGUCGAUCUUUAGUCAUGGCCCAUAGGGUAUUUGAUGGGGUUGAUGUUGUUGAAACUGCCAGUGAGGUGCGGCAGAUGCUUACCCACGGCCUUGAUGUCAUAUCUACACCCUUCCGCACCUUGAUGGAGCAUGCAAACAUGAAAGUUAUUUUCUUCGAUUUCGGCGAGGCAUCAUCAGGAAUAGAAGAGCUCUUUUCUUUGCAGAACCGCCAUGCAACUGCGGAAAUUCGACACAUCGCAUCUGGGAGCCGGCUUGAGCUUUCAAAACAAGGCAAUACCACUCCAUCAGAUGUCUACGACGAUAUAGUCGAAAAAUGGGUCACGCCUCUGUCACCAAAAAUUGCAGUCCGCGUUCGACUCGCGAAUGAACGUCUCGCUCAACAGAUCGCAAUGGAAUUGGUACUUUCAAGUACUCGCGUACGAGAACAUGGAGUCGAUGACCAGAUCAUUGGUCCUCAAUCACAAGACUCUGUUUUCCAUUCUUCCUCGCAGUUCUUUUCCUCUCAACCGCUACCAACGCCCCCUCUGUCAUCCUUCUCAGGGUCGUCACCGCCCAUGCCACCUUCCACAACAUCGAACCUGUCAGGCACUCUUACGCGCCUGGGGAUGCAUCUAUCGCUUCGAGAAUCGUCUCAAACCUUAGCGAGCAUCGCCAGCAGCAACCCCCGAGUUCUCGCGCGUUGGCAACCGGGAAAUGACGUACGUACCUUCAUUUGGGCCGAAUCUGAUGUUCAGCUCGAGGCGAUCCAGAAACAGCGCAAGAAGAUAGAGCGCAGAGAGAAGCGUCAGCAGCGUAAAACCGAGCGGAUGCGACUCAAGGAUAUGAGUCAAUUUGUCAGCUUCCCGCAGAGUUCUCCCGGACCCAUGCUGGGUAACAUGGGUAGUAGUAGUCAGAUACUGAGUCAGAGUCAAAGUCAAAGCCAAAGCCAGUUGUCAAGCCAAAAUGACGGCUUCAUGAUACCGCACAGUCAAGUUGAGCGGGGGAAAUUUGGUGGGAGGUUGGAAAAGAAGAAGAAGAAGAAGACGAGGAUAAGUGGAUUCUAG